AAUUAAAUAACAAAAACAUUUUUUUUAAAAAUUUUAUAUAGUCAUAUUAUUCAGGUGACACAUAAUGACAUGUGGAUCAACGAGAGAUUGGAUCAAGUGGUAAGCGGCUUGUUUCAGUUUAAGCGAGGUUUCGAGUUCGAGUCCUUGUGUAUGCAGCAGCCCCCGCUGGGAGACUCAACCACCAUUUUCAGGUGCGUGACGCGGGUCGAAUCCGAAUUAGUCGAGGAAGCGUCCGGUGGUCAUCCAGACGUUGAGUCGCGACGAGGAGGGAAGAGUGUGGAGAAGACAGAAGUAUACUCUCACAACAUAGACACCAUCAGGUACGUGGAGAAGAAAAUGGAGAAGGAAGGGGUACAGCGCCUGGAUCGACACCCAACCAACCGGAUCGGGCCUGGUCGGUCUCUGCCCAAGGCAGCUCCGCCAGUGCCAGUGCCAGUGCCAGUGCCUGCUAACAUGGUGGACAAUGAGCUUGACCCUGUUCCGACUUCAGUUGAUGAGGGUGAUCCUAAUUACGUGGAUGAGGAGGUGGAAGACGGUAACGUGGAUGGGAUCGUGGUGGCUAAGGCGGUGGCAAAAAUGGCGGGGGAUAUAGGAGGGUAGCUAGGCUUGAGGCAGUCCCAUUUAUGUAUUAUCCUUUCUCACUUUUUUUUUUUUGGGAAGGUUUUGUCAAGUAUUAAUGUUGAAGC